AUGAAGGGGGUCGAUAACUCACCAGCUGAUCGUGAAGGGAUGACAAACAAACCAAUUGUGACAUGCGCUGGCGAUUGGAACUUAUUUUGUACCCUAGAGGCACCAUUGGUAGCAGCUAUACCUCAAGAUUCAAGUGAAUGGCGUAGAUCUUAUGGCCGAAUUACUAAAUUUGUUUAUCUGGAAGCCUCAUUUACAAAGUUUAAUAAUGAGAAACUGCAAUCUGAGCUAAAUCUUCUAAAGAGACCCAUAUUCCAUAUUUAUUGGACUGACUGUGUGGACAUAGAAUAUUAUAAAACUGUUCUUAGAGAAGACAUAGAAUCAUGGCUCAAACAUUUAGAAAGAAACAAUGUUACAGACUGGAUGAUAGUUUUAGUAGAGACUUACGAUAUAAGAAAAACAAACAAAUUAUUACCAAGAACUACAGUUUUGGAUAAAAUUAAAGGAGAUUUUGCUGUUAAACAGACUGAAGAUAGAUUUAUUUCUGUUAUAAAUCCUAUUAAAUCUGAAGCUAGGAGUGCCGAAUCAUGGAGGGCUCUAGUAGCAAAAGUCAGGCAUUUUAUUCUAGUAGCAUAUAAUAAAGCUCUGAUAAAAUUUGAAGAAUAUAUGAGAGAGCAGAGAGAAAAGAGAAAUGAUCCGGAAUGGGAUUUUUGUAAAUACUUCAUUUUACAGGAACAAUUAGCAUUUGUCUUAGAAAUGCUGGGUUUAUAUGAAGAAGCUCUUGUUCAAUAUGAUGAAUUGGACGCCUUGUUUUCACAAUUUGUACUAAAUUCUAAUGUAACAGAAAGUCCAAAAUGGCUUGAAACAUUCAAACAACCUGUAACAUCUUGGCAAGCCGUAAGAUUGACAGCUUUAGUGCCACAGGCUUUAAGGGAAUUAAUUAUUAAGAAGAAGGCAUCCCUAUUAGACUUUAGAAGUUAUUUGUUUCAACGACAAAGUGCCAUGUUAUUACUUACUUUUAAGCCAUGGGAGAUCGCAUCCCGUUGUCUAACAACAGUCCACAACACAUUAGUAGAGAUGUCUUUACUUAACACCCACGCGGUGGAGGGCGCGGCAGCGUGCUGGUCGCAUCUCGCCUGCGUGGAGACGCUACGUGCUUGUGAACGGUUGUCCUCAACUAAUAGUGCUUUGGAAGCGUGCACUACUAUGCAUGCGCCGUUGUUGCAUAAUGCUAAAGAUAAGUUGCACGAACUGGGCAAGUUAUGCGGUCUUCUCCCAGGCUCUUCGGACCCCACAUCAGAACAGUUACACCUAGUAGUUAUGUUAUCGGCCGGUAUGGGCGACAGUGAACCAAACAACCAGCAAAGCCCCACAGACAGACUGAAGGAAGCGUUGUGUAGUAAGAACAGCUUUCAGCAAUAUUACUUGGAAUUAGCUGAGUUGGCUAUGGGAACGUAUAAACAUAUUGGCAGGUUAAGAUUCGCUCGUCACAUAGGCCGUGACUUGGCCUCAUUUUAUUCAGAAUUAGGGGAAACCAGCAAAGCCGUAGUGUUUCUGAUGGACGCUUUGCGUUCGUAUGAGGAGCAAGGCUGGAAGGACUUGGCGGCUCAAACGCGAUUAGAAUUAGUUGCAGCCGCUAAGAAAAUGAAUGAUGUUGAUAGAUAUACAAAGCUCUCUGCUAGAAUAGCUAGUACCGCCGAAUUAGAGAUUCUAGUCAGAAAUUUUUAUUUCGAAGAAAUGUUAAAGUCAAUAAGAGAUAACCUUGCGGAUAAGCAAGAGUCAGUACUGACAGAGCUCAAUGAUUGCUUCAAAAUUAUAUCAGCAACGCUAUUGCCGUCCGAACGUAAAUCUUAUAUCACAGAUGAUAAGGUCCAAUGUCGCUUGGUCAUAGAAAGUUAUAUGCCCAAGGACGUGAUAUGUACUAAAGCAGCGAUCAGUGUGGAGAUUUUUCAAGAGAAAACGGAAAAAAGGACCCCAGUAAAGAGUUAUAAGACUGAUUUAAUAAGUGUUAGUGUAGGUAGUUCCCCGAAACGGUCCACGCCGGAGGAAGGCGAUAGUGAAUCUAAUAUCUUAGUUACUAGUAUAAGGCUAGACGAUUUAAAACCUAAAAAUCCAUUACUAAACCCAAUGAAUAUAACCUCAAAGUUACAUUACAAAGAAGAUAAAAAUCUUCAAAAAGCUACAGUUGAGUGUCAAAAUACAAAAAUGCCUCUAAGAAGAUCUGACAGUAGCAAAUAUAGGAAACCAUCUGCCACUAUAAGAAAUAACUAUGAAAUUUGCUUUAAAAAUAGCAAUUUAGUACUGACACCCGGUAUAAAUGAAAUAAUGGUCGAGUAUAUAGCGAAUAAAUGUGGAAAAUUUAAAUUGGGACAAAUAUCAUUAUUAAUAGAAGACAAAUUAGAGUUUCUAUCCAAUGUCCUGGUUUCCAGUAAGAUGGGUUAUGAAGUGGAAACUCAAGGUGUUAGUGUGUUUUUAAAUAAAGUUGAGCCGAAGAAAGAUUUGGUGGCAGGGUUAGAGCAAGAUAUGGAAUUGGUUGUGACGAGUGGAAGUUCCAAAAUACAUGAGAACGUCUCGAUUCUGCUGAAAACAUCAACUGGUCUUUUAUUAAGGUUUGCAGAUGAAGAAGCUCCGAUGUCGAGGGAACUAUCCAUACCUGUAGAGGCCAUAGGACCAUUUCAAACAACUAAGAUACCAUUGCGACUGUUCUCAAAGUUACAGCCAAAGAGGGAGAAAAGCAUCGAACAUACUGUAUGGCUCACCUGCCCAUGGUGGGACUCUGUCACAGAAGUACCCCUCGACUUUUCCCCUCCAAUGAUAGUCUCAUGGCGUUUAUUGACAUCGAAUACAAGGAAAUUCAUACACGUCACGCUAAAAUCUACUGUAGCGCAUUUCAUACAGUUUGUACUGACUGAGCCCAAGUUAGAAUGCGAUGGGAAUAAUACUGUGUCCGAUUUAAAUCCUACAAAUGCUGGGGAUAUGACCGUUGCAUCAGACAGUACUACAGCUUCAUUUAUGUGGGAAUUACUUAAAGAUCCCCUAGUAAAGGCUGGACCCAUGAAAGCUACAUUUCAUGUACAAUACAGACUUGUUAGUGAAGAAACGUCUAGAAACUUCCACUGUCCGUUCGAUAUUCAAGAUUAUACUACGCUAUUUGUGAUUAGAACUAAGUUGGAACCAGGGAAGGGAUCGGACUUCUGUAGGGCAUCCCAAGUGUGCUGUUUACAGCUUAAUGUACAAAGGGUAAACGAAACAGACCAUACGUCACUGAUGUACGAGGUGUUGGCUGACCAGACCAUGUGGGCGGUGUUAGGGCGUACUGCUGGUGUAAUAACAAUGGAGUCGAGCACGGCGGAAGGGCAGUGCGUGUCGCUGGACGUGAUGCCGCUGGGCGCCGGCUACCUGCCGCUGCCCGCCGUCCGGCUCUCCAAGUACAUUGCAGCUAAUACUAGAGAUCCAAAGAAAGAUAUAUCUGCCCACCCAAGGCUCGAGCCGUUCAGUCCGGGGCAGGUGUACCACGCGGGCAAGGCGAAGCAGGUGCACGUUCUGCCCCCGGCGCCUAAAGAAUUUAUAGAUGUUACUAUC